AUGAAGUCUAGAUUAAACGUCUUGGCCAAAUUCGGAUUCAAGUACAUAAAGAAAGAGAUCAACAAGAAGGGGAUCGCAACUGGUGCUCGGGAUGUGGAAUUAAACCCGGGGCCCCCAAAGGUCGACUUCCAAACAUGUAAAGAUGAGAUUUUACAAGAGCUUCGGGCAAUGAAGUGUGAACUUUCUAGGGAUAUCCGUGAUAUAAAGUCUGACACACGUAAAUUGAAUCAGUCCGUGGAUGAACUCAAAUUACAAAUAGCAGAUAUGAAAAGCCAACAGGAAAUACUACGGCUGGACAUAGAUGCAGUAUCUGAACGUGUCGCUUGUGUUGAGGAGCAUAGUUCUACUUUAGACAGGUCAGCAUAUAGUUAUGUUACCGAUAAGAUUGACAACCUUGAGAAUACUGUGGAUAAACUAGAACAGUACAGCCGGAAGCAGAAUAUACUGCUGUAUGGUGUCGCUGAGAAACCUGAUGAAAAUAAAAUGAACAUAAAGGAAGUUAUUUGCGAAACACUGAACACCCAUAAUGAUGGUACUCCAUUUUCAGCAACCGACAUUGUGAACGCCCAUAGGAUUGGCUAUGCAAAGUCUAAUCGCCCGAGACCUAUUAUAGUUCGAUUCAAUUCUAUGGACUGCAAAGUGGGAGCAAUAGGCCUGCGCGAUAAAUUGAAGGAGAGUGGAUAUGGUAUAGGCAGUGAUCUCACCACACACCAGAGGAAAGUACUCCAGGAUUUGAGACGUAACAACAAGCAAGGCUACUACAAGAAUGGUGCCCUUGUAGUUAAGGAUUACCAACAGCAUUCAGAUAGGCAGGACACAGAUACUAAUGAUAAAUAG